AUGGAAAAUCGUACAGAUGACAACAAAAUUAUCGAAAGCAAUAUUCAACAGGAAAAUUUAGAGUAUCGUUUUAAUUUUGUUAAUACUCCAUGGGACGACAGAUCUAAAAAAAGCAAAGCUGGCAUCUUAAUUUUGUUAAUUUCCAUAUUUGUUGUAACGAUGGCUCUCGUGUUUAAUAGUUUUAUAAUGCACUAUAAAGGCUUUAAGUUUGUCAAAAGAUAUAAUAACUCUAAUGAACUAUCGUGCCUCCGUGUCAGGAUGGAUGAAUAUCCCUUCGUGGCGAGAAUUCAUUCUGUAGCUACUCAACAUCUGUUGUGUUUGGGUGCUGUAGUGAGCCCCUCCACAGUCAUCACCAACGGAGUCUGCGCUAAGUCUGGACCUAUACGAAUGAUUCUCGGAAGCAUAUCGAACCCUCGCUGCAAAAAGGGAUUUUCCGUUGACGUCAUAGAGUCAGUACUCCACGACGGCGUAAUUUCCAAAAGGCUGGUACUCUUAUCUAGUUACGAAAGUAUAGAGUUUUGCUCAGAAGUGAUAAAGAUCGGAAAAAACUUGAACUGGGCCGGAAAAGUUCAUAUUCUCGGACGACCUAUCGCAGUUGGAAGAAUGUUAUCUCUACAGUAUGCCAACUUAGCUGGCAAAAACAUCACAAGUAGACGUUUACAUAAACAUGUGAAUUCGAAUAGUACGAUAUGUGUGAAGGACGUAGCACGCUGUCCCGUGCGGGCUGGGGAUCUCCUGCUACAGAAUGGCCAACUAUUCGGAUUCUCAUCGACUAGUGUACAACGCGACAAAGUGGCUUGUUUUGCAGACUUGAACCUUGUUAAACAAGAUUUAAAGGAAGCGGAUGAAGAAAUAAGUGUGGACGACUAG